AUGGAUGCAAAUCACUCCAACUCCUCUGAGCCCCAGUGCUCCCCAGGGCCAGGCCUGACCCCCAGCUCACAUCUGGUGAACAAGACCCCGCAGCAGGAUGCACCCAGCAUGGUGGGUGACAGGUUGCCGCCAAAGACCAGCGCUGUGGUCAUCGACAUGGGCACAGGAACCUGUAAGGUGGGCUUCGCGGGGCAGGCCCGGCCCACCUACACCGUGGCCACCGUCGUGGGCUGCCAGUGGAAGAAGUCGGCCACCACGGGGCAGGCGGUGCUGGAGUCGUUCGUCGGUGAGGCGGCCCGCGCGCGCCCAGAGCUGACGUUGGUGCGGCCGGUACGCAAUGGCAUAGUGGUGGACUGGGACGCAGCCGAGCUCAUCUGGCGCCACGUGGUGGAGCACGGCCUCCGCGUGGCCACCCGGGACCACCCACUGCUGUUCUCUGACCCACCCUUCAGCCCCACCACCAACCGCGAGAAGCUGGUGGAGGUGGCCUUCGAGUCACUGCGCUCCCCUGCCAUGUACGUGGCGUCCCAGUCGGUGCUGUCUGUCUAUGCGCAUGGGCGGGUCAGUGGGCUGGUGGUGGACACAGGUCAUGGGGUCACCUCCACGGUGCCCGUCUUCCAGGGCUACCACCUGCCCCAUGCCACCGAGCGCCUGGACCUGGCAGGCACUCACCUGACCGCCUUCCUGGCCGAGAUGCUGCCAGGCGCCGGCGUGCCGCUGGGGCAGCAGGACCUGGACACCGUGGAGAAAAUCAAGCACCGGUAUUGCUACGUGGCCUCCGACUUCCGGAAGGAGCAGGCCCGGCCAGAGCACGAGUGCCGGCGGAGCCUAAAGCUGCCGGAUGGCCGGGCAGUCACACUGGGCAAGGAGCUGUUCCAGUGCCCAGAACUGCUGUUCAGUCCCCCGGAGAUGCCCGGGCUGUCGCCCGUGGGCAUCCCCACCAUGGCCAAGCAAAGUCUUCUCAAGGUGCCCCAGGAGGUGCGGGCGGAAGUGGCCCAGAACGUGCUGCUCUGCGGGGGCUCCUCACUCUUCCUGGGGUUCCAGGGCCGCUUCCAAGCGGAGCUGUUGGGCACUCUGCCCGCUGAGGUGCACGCGGGGGUGGUGGCCCAACCCACCCGUAACUUCUCGGUGUGGAUCGGAGGUUCCAUCCUGGCCUCCUUGCGCGCCUUCCAGUCCUGCUGGGUCCUGCGGGAGCAGUACGAGGAGCAGGGGCCAUACAUCGUGUACCGCAAAUGCUACUGA